AUGGCACAACUUCAUCUGUUGCCCCCAGCCACAUCUGCCUUCUCCAUACUUCAUAUUACCUUCCUUGAAACCACAGCUCCACCAAAUGGCACUCCAGCCAGUACAUUAAACAAAACUAAUGACGCUAUAACAAUUGCCCCUAGGACAUUUUAUGACACUACAUUUGAUUAUGAGUCUGCCAUAGAAGAUUAUUUCAGUGAAGGUCGAGAAAGGGCUCACGAACUACGUCACAGAAGGCAUCAUCACCAUUUACCCAAACCUCACUUUGAAUUACCACAUCAUCCUGGACUACCAACUCACCAGAAGCCGUUCAUUAUAAAGCCCCAUAAAUGUCCAUACAAACGCUGUAGGCCUAGGCCUCCACCUUCAGUUCAUAACCCCCACAAAUUCCCAAAUCCUCCCCAGCCAUCUAAACAUCCAGAUACUAGCAGUGUGGUCAACCCUACCUUAGUGACUACAACUCAAAUUCCAUCUGUGACUUCUCCAUCUGCUUCCACCAAAAUUACUACCCUUCCAAAUGUGACUUCUCUUCCUCAGAAAGCCACCACCACAUCUUCAAGAGAAAAUGUUAACACAAGCUCUUCUGUAGCUACAUUAACACCAUCGAAUUCCCCAGCUCCACAAGACACCACAGCUCCCCCACCCACACCUUCUGCAACUACAGCAGCUCUACCACCUUCCUCAGCUCCACCGGAGACCACAACUGCCCCACCUACACCUUCUGCAACUACACCAGCUCCACCACCUUCCUCAGCUCCACCGGAGACCACAACUGCCCCACCUACACCUUCUGCAACUACACCAGCUCCACCACCUUCCUCAGCUCCACCGGAGACCACAGCUGCCCCACCCACACCUUCUGCAACUACACCAGCUCUACCACCUUCCUCAGCUCCACCGGAGACCACAGCUGCCCCACCCACACCUUCUGCAACUACAGCAGCUCUACCACCUUCCUCAGCUCCACCGGAGACCACAGCUGCCCCAAUCACCACACCUUCUGCAACUACACCAGCUCCACCACCUUCCUCAGCUCCACCGGAGACCACAGCUGCCCCACCCACACCUUCUGCAACUACACCAGCUCCACCACCUUCCUCAGCUCCACUGGAGACCACAGCUGCCCCACCCACACCUUCUGCAACUACACCAGCUCCACCACCUUCCUCAGCUCCACUGGAGACCACAGCUGCCCUACCCACACCUGCAACUACACCAGCUCCACCACCUUCCUCAGCUCCAGUGGAGACCACAGCUGCCCCAAUCACCACACCUAAUUCUUCCCCAGCUACUCUUGCACCUGACACUUCUGAAACUCCAGCUGCACCCACACACCAAACCACUAUUUCAGUCACUACUCAAACUACUACUACUACUAAACAACCAACUUCAGCUCCCACCCAAAAUAAAAUUUCUCGAUUUCUUUUAUAUAUAAAGAAUCUACUAAACAGAGUUAUUGAAGAUAUGUUGGAGCAAUAGUAUAUGUUGUAAAGUGUUCUGUCAUUUUAAGAUGUGAUUUAUGAGUGCAGAACUACCAUCUUUACUUUUAGCACCAAUCCCAACAUGAAAUUAUAUUAUUCAGAUUUAAAGCACUAUGACUAAUCUUUCAAUCUAAUUAUUCACCACCACAAGACCUAUUAACAAGACAAAAUGCCUCUAUCCCACAAGCCAGGUGCAGGUCUGAGGUUCAAAAAUCACUUUUUGGAACCUACAGAGAUAGCCCGCUGAGGGCAGAGAAAGUCUUUAGAUAAAGAGAGAAUAUUAUAUGGGCCAUCAACCAUUUACUUUUCCCUAAAUGUUGGAAACUACAAAAUCACUACCUUGUACCCCCAUCAAAAUCCCACCUGAACCAUCUAAUCCUAUAAACAUAAGGGGGUAAAACUGGAUCUCUCCAGAUGAACAAAAACAUCUAAAUAUCUGUAGAUGGAAACUUUAAUCUAAAUCUAUCGAUAGACCUGUCCUUGUAUUGUUGAUUAAUGACAAAACCUUUUAGAUAAUUAUCUUUAAUUUUAAAUAAAAUUUUAUUUCACAAAGUGUGAGCCAAGAAAGGGGAAAUUUGAUUUGAAGUGAAGGUUAGAAGUGAAUGACAAUAAAGUCUGGCAGCCAAGCAUGAACCAAGACUGGCACUGUUUUUCUUAGUGUAUGUAAUUGUUUAAACUGCAAAGUUGACAUGUAUUGCAUUGUGUCUAAGUUAACUUCGAUCCAAUGUACUUGAUUCUAGCCUCUGUGAACAAUAAGAAUACGUUUUUGUAUGUUCACUUGGUGUUCAUAAUAUUUCACUAUCAAUUCAAUUAAUUCACAUAAAUUCCAUGUGAAAUGUAUUCAACAAUGGAAUAUUUUCUAAAACAUUUAGUAUACAUUUGAAUGUAUUUUAAACCACGCCAAACUAUUAGUUUAAUGUCAAGUUUGCAGAAUUGUCUCUGAAAAUAAAAACCCUGACUUCAGUUGUAAAAGAAUAAAAAUUAGCUACUUGGUAUACGGAGAUGUUCAUUUGGGAUGUGGAGGCAUUUUUAUCUUCUGUCACUGCUACUUAAAACUCUGAUGAUUAUGUUAGAUUUUUUUGCUAACUAAUAAAGAUUUCAAAUGGCAA